UGCACGCGCGUGCUCGUGUUCUCUCGCGGCGAACCGUAUCGCGAGUCACAACGGAAUGGUUAUACUCCAUUUACUCAUUAAAUGUAGACGCGUGACGCAAUGUUACGAGCUAUAUUUCGAAAAUUGACGAUGGCAAAGGAUGAUACUGUAGGCGUUGACGAGAGAAUAAAAGACAGUUGAUCAACGAUAAUUUUGGGAUACACGUGGAACGGCAAAGAAAUUGCCUUGAGUACACGUGUCAUUGAGUUGCUCGCUGAAAUCGAGGAUACUGCGAGGGUGUCGCAGGGACGCCACGGUGGUAUCGGACCAGAGACUACUAUAACCAAGAAACACAUGCAUUGUACAAAUAGCUUCGUUUGAUGGUGUUUGAAAAGAGAUUCCUUUUCUUCGCUAAAGGACGAACAGUUACAGAAGAAGCGUGGAACAAGGAGAUAUCGACGAUGCACGUGGCAGAAAAUGUUUUCGUAUCAUACGCUUCCUUGACGGAAGGGACAAUGGUUUCACAUGGCUAUUCUGGCGUCUUAGUCGCAGAACGUUGGGUACUUGCACACGGUUCCAUGCUGGCUCCAGUUUUAUCUCGAUCCCGGGAUUUCCUUCGUUUCUUUACAGUUUUAAAUUCCGGAGAUUUAACCACGGCUCGAGCAUCGGAACAGUUGUUCGAUGAUUUAACGUUUCAGAUACAUCGUAACCAUUCGUUAAAGGAAUCAGGAAAGUUAGUAGCCGUUUGGAAAUGUCCUCUUUUGGAGGAAACACUGGAGAAUUCUUUGAAAAAUUUUACCUUCGAGAAACAACACGACUUUGAUCGUCUUUUAUUACCUGUCUUCUUGAUGAUCAAAUGCAAAUCGUUCGAAUUAAGCGACGAAACAAUAGGACGAGAAAAAGACUCGACAUUCGUAGAAAGUAAGCAGCUGGGCGGAGAAUCAGAAGUAACGGAUAAAGCGAAAGUUAAACAAGUUUUACUUCAACUUGCGAAACAAGCUGCUGUCGGCAAAAUUACAAAAGGAGCUAUCGUUGAAUUAGUCUCGACGCCGUUUGGAAAUGCAUUUUUUAUCGACUCGGUGAGUCGCGGAAUUAUUGGAAACUUACUUGGAACCAACCAGUGUCUCAUUGUAAUCGACGUGACUAGCUUCCCUGGAUGCGAAGGUAGUCCUGUAUUUUUAAUCAACGAUUGUGGCCGAAGAAAUAUUUGCGGCAUGGUAAUUGCGUCAUUAAGCCGGUACCGCGGAGAAUGGGUAAAUUGUACUUUCGCUGUGAACCUGUUAUCAUUGUUGAAACGAAUUCUCCAAAGUCGUGUCUUGAAAGAUGAUCCUCGAUGUUUGUCCUGCAAGAUUUUACCUUUCACAUGGAGGAGUCUGCCCGAAAUUGACACCCUUGAAAAAAGUAUCGCGAUCGUAAAGUGUGGACCGAACUGGGGCACCGCUACUUUAGUAGACGAACAAAGCGGAACAUUCAUAACGUGCGCACAUGUUGUUACAAUGGCACCAGAAAGAAAAAUUAAACUUGCAACCUGCAUUAUGUCGCGCACAGACGAGUUCGAAUGGUUUGCAGAAGCAAAUUUGAUAUAUAAAACACCAACGGAACGACCUUAUGAUAUUGCCGUAUUGAAGAUCGAUCUAAAGUUCAAAGAACCUUCGAUGAAGGCUAUCGAACUUGCUGAUACAGAUGCACAGAAGGGGGAAGAAAUACUUUCUAUAGGAUUUCCAAUCUCCUUGAAAGGACGGCCUACCAUCAGCAGCGGAAUAAUAUCAAAAACCUGGCGACACAUGUUUCAAACCAAUUGUUGCGUGCACGGUGGCGUUAGCGGUGGACCCAUUGUUCGACGCGCCAAUUUUAAAAUGUUAGGGAUAGUGGUUUGCAAUGUUGCUUUAUCGAACGAUUCUGUUUUGUAUCCACGAUUGUGCAUGGCAAUACCGACUACUGUUUUUAAGAAACCACUGGAUGAUUAUCUACGAACUGCUGAUCCUAAAGCGUUAGAAGGAUUGACCCAAUAUGAUAAGAGCGUUGCAAGCACUUGGAAUUUUACUCCUUUUCUUCCCUCAAGUAUGUAAUAUAUAAACUGUGUUAAACAAAGUAAAUGUAAUAUAUCGAAGAA